GAGGGGGCGUGUGCGGCCGCCGCCCCUACGCCUGCGCGGUGUCCGACCCGGCCGGAGGGUGCCGGCUGGAGUCGACGUCGUGCACUCCGGCAACGCCACCCUGGCUCGCUUUUCACUCCUCAGCGUGGAGUCGCGUCGCGUCCCCCUUAGCAGGCCUGUGGGGAGACAUUCAAAAAUUGAAUUCUGAGUAAAUCUAAAGAUAGGAUGGACAGUUAUUUUAAAGCAGCUGUCAGUGACUUGGACAGACUCCUUGAUGACUUUGAACAGAACCCAGAUGAACAGGAUUAUCUCCAAGGUGUUCAGAAUGCAUAUGAUUCCAGCAAGUGCGCAGUUUCUUCAGAGCUGGCUUCUUCACAGCCAGCUUCGCUGCUACCAAAGGACCGGCAGUGUGCUCACAGUUCCGCGUCCUCAGAAACGUGCUGUGAAGCAAAUGAGAUUUCCCUCAGCGAGAAAGCCCUCGAGGGACUAACAUCUCUGCAAAAUGAGAAAAAUGUCACAGGACUGGAUCUCCUUUCUUCCGUGGAUGGUAGUGCUUCAGAUGACACUCAGCCCUCCUAUAUGCGAUGCAGUAAGCCGGUCUGCGAUCUCAUAAGUGACAUGGGUAACUUGGUUCAUCCAACCAAUAGCGAAGAAGAUAUUAAGCAAUUACUGCCAGAUGACUUCACAUGUAGUUCAGACUCUUUGACUGGAUUGGAUUCCUCUGCAGUUUCGGAUACUGUCUCUGUCCCACCAGCAGACCACGGGAGUGGUCCUGUCACAGAAGAGCAGAAUGAUGUCAGCUCUAAGCUAGAGAAUAGAGAAAUUGGUACCAAAGAAUUGGGUAUAAAAGUAGAUGCGAUACUUUCAGACUCUUAUAAAUAUGGUGGAACAGAAAAUUUAAAGGAUGAAAAGAUCUCUAGUCAUUUAGACCCAGUUGUUGACUCUAACAUAACCUCUGUUUUGACUCAGCAGAGUUCCAGAAUUUAUGAUACCAAAGAUAACCUACAACACGAGAGCUUGCCUUGUGAAUUAUUAAAAGAUGAUGACUGUUUGGUGAAACCAAAAGUAGAUUUGGUGAAAGAUGAAGUGGAUAUGACAGUAGCAGCUGCCGCUGAAUGUUCAAAAGAAGGAGGCAGCACAGAUGCUUUGUCUUGUACAAGUCUUCCAAAAAGUGAAAGUUUGUGCCUAAGUGAUUCAAACUCAAAAGGUGAAGAUGUCAAAUUACCUGACUAUUCCUAUCAGGAAGAUAGAACUCCUGUGUUGAUAAGACCAUCUGCAAAAGAAGACUCAAGAAAUUUAGACUUCAGAGAUAAUGAUGCAAUCCACAGUUCCUUGUCAGCUCUACAUGUUUCCAGUGAAGAUGUACCCUCUGCUUUGUCCUGUCUUCCAGUACCUGGCUCUUUGUGCAGCUCAUUCACUGAAAGCAAAGCACAUGGUGAUUGCUUACCUCAGCAGGAACCCAGGGAUCAUAUACAAGAUACAGGGAUGGUGCAUGAAGAAACACAGAAAAGUGUUGUUCUAGACAGGGAGCCAGUCAAUCAUACUGAUCUUACAAAAGAGGAAAAAUGUAAAAAUACACUUGUUCAGCCAGUCUACGAAGAGAGGGGGGAAGGAAAGGUACAAUCUGAGCAGAUGGGAGUCAGACCUGUAGCUUUGAGUGGCCUUGGUCCCAACCAUUCCUCUACAUCUGCAGAACCUCAGCUGGAACCCCGAGGGACGGGUACCCCAGGCUGUCCUGCCAGUUGUGCUGGUCUCACUUUCUCAGGCAGUGACCUGGAUGGCCAUGACUUAGACUACUUCAAUAUUGAUGAAGGGAUGAAGAGCAGCACACUCAUUAGUGAUGCUGAGCUCGAUGCCUUCUUGACAGAGCAGUACCUUCAGACCUCUAACCUAACAUCUUUUGAAGAAAAUGUAAAUGAAUCAAAAUCUCAGAUGAAUCCGAUAGACCUGAAAGGCCUCGGUGAUGGAACUGUCAGUGAUAUUUAUUUCAGUGCUGAAGCAGGAGCCACUGGAGGAAGUGAUAGUAUUAAUGUGAUUUGUGAAACAGUUGAUAAACAGAAUACAACAGAAAUGGCCCUUUCUAUACCAGAAAAAAGCAAAAUUCCCAUUGAACUUACCAGCAAGUCUGAGACGACAAAUGAGCUACCGGUCUGUGAUGUUAGCAGCCAGUCUGCGCAUGUUGGAGGCGCAAGACCUAAGCAAUUCAGUAGCCUUGCGCCACGAGCAAGGGUGUCAAAGGAACUGAGUAAUAAGCCAGGUGCUCCUGCCGUGCCAGAAGGUGAGCCCAGCCUGGGAAAUGCCAUUAUGCCAACCCUGUGUCCUGCCGACCCUGCAAGGGAUGCUCAGGCCAGCUUCAACUCUAACUACAUUGAUUUAGAAAGCAACUUUGAAAGUGGGUCCAGUUUUUUAAUUCCAAGUGAAGAUUCUCUGCCUGAAAACACUUGCAAAGAAGGCUUGGUUUUGGGCCAGAAACAACCUACUUGGGUUCCUGAUUCAGAAGCUCCAAACUGUAUGAAUUGCCAAGUCAAAUUUACUUUUACAAAAAGGCGACAUCACUGCCGAGCAUGUGGGAAAGUAUUCUGUGGUGUCUGUUGUAACAGGAAGUGUAAGCUGCCCUAUUUAGAGAAGGAAGCCAGAGUGUGUGUGAUCUGCUAUGAGACUAUUAGCAAAGCUCAGGCCUUUGAAAGGAUGAUGAGUCCCACUGGCUCAGGCCCUCAGACUCAUCAUCCUGGGGACGGUGGCACCACCCCGCCUGUUCAGGAGACCCAGCCAACCAGUGUGCCUUCACCUACAGCUUUGCCCACCUCAGCACUGAAACAGCCAAGCGUUGAAGGACCAGGCUCCAGAGAGCAGAAGAGAGUGUGGUUUGCAGAUGGUAUCCUGCCUAAUGGUGAAGUUGCAGAUACAACAAAACUGUCGUGUGGAAAUAAACGGUGCUCUGAAGACUGUAGUCCUCCUUUUCCGGAUGUGCCCAUGACAGUAAGUACACUGGCUGCUGUGCUUGCCACCACAGUGGAGAAACCAGAUGGUGCGCUCGGAGACACUGAAAGAAAUGAGAGCUUUGGGAGUCCUGUCUCCUGUGUUCCGACUGUGGAAAAACUGCCUGCGAGCCCGGGAACUGAUGGGUUACCUGCUUCUGCUUCUCUUGCCCUGGCCGAUGACGUUUUUGCUCAAGUUGAGGUGCCAUCCAGUUCCCUGGAGGUCGCAGUGAACAGCAUUUUGCCCGUGGCUGGUGCUUCGGAUUACAGGCUACUGUGUUGCGUGGAUGGGCACUUUGGCAGGAAGGCCAGCCUCUUACCUGCCGAUGAGAACAGCCUGCCCCCCCUGCUGGGCGCUUCUGGAGAACAGGGGUCAGUGCCUGUGGUAGAAGAGCACCCCUCUCCUGAGCAGGUCAGCUCCCUUCUGCAGAGCGAAGGGUCUCCUCCUGCCACCUUCGUGUUGAAUGCCAAUCUGCUUGUGAAUGUCAGAUUAAUAUUUUAUUCCUCAGAUAAAUAUUGGUGCUUCUCAACCAAUGGCUUGCAUGGCCUGGGACAGGCAGAGAUUAUCAUUCUGUUGCUGUGUUUCCCAAACGAAGACCAAGUUCCUAAGGACAUUUUCCGGCUGUUCCUCUCCAUAUAUGAGGACGCACACAAAGGAAAAUACAUAGAAAAUCUGGAUAGUGUCACCUUCACCGAGAGUUUCCUCGGCAGCAAGGAUCAUGGAGGCUUCCUGUUUAUUACACCCACCGUCCAGAAGCUGGACUGCCUUCCCGUGCCCAACAGCCCCUUCCUGUGUGGGAUUCUUGUCCAGAAGCCCGAAGUUCCUUGGGCAAAGGUUUUUCCUAUACGUUUAAUGUUGAGAUUGGGUGUGGAAUAUAAAGCAUAUCCUGCCCCUCUAACAAGUGUCAGAGGCCGAAAACCUCUGUUUGGAGAAAUAGGACAUACUAUUAUGAACUUACUUGUUGAUCUUCGAAAUUACCAGUACACCUUGCAUAACAUAGAUCAGCUGUUGAUUCAUAUGGAAAUGGGGAAGAGUUGUAUAAAAAUACCUCGGAAAAAAUACAGUGAUGUGAUGAAAGUGCUGAAUUCUUCUAACGAGCAUGUCAUCAGCAUUGGCGCGAGCUUCAGUGCCGAGGCAGAUUCCCACCUGGUCUGCGUGCAGAGGGACGGCGCCUAUCACACGCAGGCCAGCAGUGUCCCCGGUCACCCGAGGAGAGUGACAGGUGCGAGUUUUGUGGUGUUCAGUGGCGCUCUGAAGUCGUCUUCGGGAUUUCUGGCCAAGUCCAGCAUAGUGGAAGAUGGCUUAAUGGUGCAGAUAACACCAGAGACCAUGGAUGGCUUGAGGCAAGCUCUGCGAGAGCAAAAGGACUUUAAAAUUACCUGCGGGAAAGUGGACUCGGGAGACCUGAGAGAGUACGUGGAUAUCUGCUGGGUAGAUACCGAAGAGAAAGGAAACGAAGGUGUUAUCAGCUCGGUGGAUGGAAUCUCAUUACAAGGAUGUCCCAGUGAAAAAAUAAAACUGGAAGCGGACUUUGAAACUGAUGAGAAGCUUGUGAAGUGUACUGAGGUGUUCUAUUUUCUAAAGGACCAGGAUUUAUCUGUGUUGUCAACUCACUAUCAGUUUGCUAAAGAAAUUGCCAUGGCUUGUAGUGCUGCACUGUGCCCUCACCUGCAGACCCUGAAGAGGACCGGGGUGAACAGGAUUGGACUCCGAGUCUCCAUCGACACGGACAUGGUUGAAUUUCAGGCAGGCUCUGAGGGCCAGCUGCUGCCUCAGCACUACCUGAACGCCCUGGACAGCGCCCUGAUCCCUGUGAUCCACGGGGGCACCGCCAGCUCAAGUCUGCCCCUGGAGAUGGAACUGGUGUUCUUCAUUCUCGAGAACCUGGGGUCGUGAGAGGCUGCGCGGCUCGCAGGCUGCACGUGGGUCUGCCGGGGCUGAUGCAGCGCAGAGCGGAAAUGCCGCAGACACUAACUGUUUGCUGUUCCAAACACUUAAGCUUUGCUUUCGAGGUAGAAAUGAUCUGUAAAAAUCACUAUGGCAAUAUUUAACUACUGAAGCGUAAAGGAUCCACCAUGUUUGAAGCUUUACAUUAAAAAUACAAGAGCUAAAAAGACGAGGAUGUCUACCUGUAAGAAACUGAUAGCAUUUUGUUUUAUUUCAUGUUAAGCCAAAGUAUAUGCACUUAGUUAUACCUCUUUAUUCCAAGAAAGUUUUGUGGAGGCUCUUUGCACAUGCGACUUAUGAAGGAAACACCUGCUUGGGUCGCAGCCCGCAGGACCCUGGCUCAGCCUGCCCUAGGCGUGUGGCCGUGGCGUAGGCCACUUUCAAGAUCUGCAGACUCUACCAAUGCUUUGAAUACAGCUAAUAACUUAUUUGUAUAAUUGAAGUGGAGACCUACCUCCAUGACUGGAGAGUUCUGAUUGUUUGGAUUAAAGUCAGAAUUUGGCCUUUUUUCUUCUCAUUAUACAAAUAUAUAUGGUUUUUCCUGAUUAAAUGGGUAUUCUUAAACGUGGGUGCUUCAGGAUUUUGUGCUUCUAUAUUUAAGUACAUUGUUUUUAUAGUAACAUGUGACUCAGAAUGUGUUUUAUAAAUCUUUAAUAAUUUAUAAAUAGGUAAUAUUUUUGUAUUAUCACAGUGCAUUAUUUUUCCUCCUUUUUUUCCAAAGCGUAUCAGUGUAUUUACCACUUGUAAGAGUGACUGACAGCAGGCCAGUGGACCUUGAGGUAGUCAUUGUGUAGCAAUAAUUAAAGCCUGAAGCAGGUUAUUUUUUCUUUUUUUACUUCAGUGUUAGUCCUUAGAUAUUUCUCAGCAAGUCUACAUAUUUUCAUCGAUGCCAUAUAUGAAUACAAAUUUUAUGGACUGAUCACUUUUGCAUAUUUUAAAUGUGAGGUUAUCUUUUAUAACAGGAUAUUUAACGUAAGUGCUAGGUAUCUGAAACUGUUACAGAGCUUUUCUUUUUACUUUAAAUAGGAAAAAAAAUAUAAGGGUGUAUAUUAGUCCUGUCACUUAUGUUAUAUAAAAUCUAAUCAUUUGUUGCCAUUUUUAUUCCUAUGCAGAAUAUUUUUUGUAUCAGAAACACUCACUGUAUAUCUGAAGAAAAGGAAACUGCACUACAUAUCCGUUACAAGACAGUAAUUAUGAUGCAUCUCAACUUCUAGAGCAAAUCAAGGCUGUUACUCAGGGUCUGAGGUUGUAGGCUAGGAGAGAACCUGAGAUUCAGUCCAUCUCAGCACAUCGUCUGCGCGGAAUCACAAGUGUAGUCCUAGCCAGAGAUGCAGCUCAGAUCGGUCUGCUGGAAACUGCUCUUUCGUAAACAAUGUAAAAUGUUACAGAUACUAAAAUGACAAUGCCUAACUUGUGAACUUUAUUGAAAUGGUCUAAGAUAAAAACAACUGCAUAUCAAACUUUUCUUUACAAUGUGUGUUUAUUUUUUCACGUAGUAGAAACUUCUUUUGUACUCACUAUUUAGGAAGUGACCAUACCUUAAAAUAACCAAAGGGUGGAAGGCUCUUCCGUGAUGGGAUAAUAAAGUCUCUCUAGUCAAUAAAAGUUGAUAAUACAUAACUAAGGUCUGGAGGCACUUUCCUUUGUAGACGUAUGUUUUUAUUGCAUUGGUCCUUAUUUGCUCAUGUUCUCCCUGGCACU